AUGGGCUGCGUUCAAUCGGUGCAGAACCAAGUGGGACAGACAUUUGAUCCGGUCAUUGUGAGCGAAGAUGCUGUCGAACGGAAGAUGAGUAUUCUCCUGCGCGAAAAACGCAACGCGGCUUCACGUCGUGGCGACAUUUUCGGCGAGAGUGUGCAAUUUGAUGCACCCCUAGAACAUAAGAGUGUAGCGAAGUCGUCCGAAUCGACCAAAACCAUCCGACAGGCCCUACUCAAUAAUUUUCUUUUCUAUACUAUCGGUCACAGUGACAUCGACUCCAUUGUGAAUUCCAUGACGGAGAAGCUCACUGUUGCUGACGAAGCUGUCAUCAGCGAAGGCAACCACGGCGACUUCUUCUACGUUGUUGAAACGGGUCUGUUCUCCGUGUCAGUGCAAGGAAAUGUUGUCAACUCGGUGCAACGAGGUGCCACGUUUGGAGAGCUGGCGCUGGUCUACAACUGUCCACGUACUGCCAGCGUGACGUGCUCACAACCAGGUCGUCUUUGGGCACUUGACCGCGUCACCUUUCGUCGAUUAGUAGCUCGUAUCCAGUCGGAGCAGAUAGGCGAGUGCAAGAGUGCUCUUCGUAAAGUAUCACUGCUGUACGCGCUGACUGAUACCCAGCUGAACCAACUCGCUGAAGCAGCUCAGUUCGUCAAGUUCACGAAAGGUGAGCGCAUCAUUAAGAAAGGAGAACGAGGCAAUGUCCUGUACAUCAUUAAGAGUGGUGCAGUCGUCUGUACCGACGUGGGGGACAGUCAUCGUAUGGAGUCGGUGCGUCUGACCGAGAACGAUUACUUCGGUGAGCGUGCGCUCAUGACGUUGGAACCUCGUGCCGCCAACGUGACUGCAGAAACGGAUGUGACUCUUAUUGCACUCGAUCGUCAAGCUUUUGAUGACCAGCUGGGAAGUCUUCGAGAAGUGAUCGAUCACAAUAUGAGCAUGCGAGUGAUACAGUCUAUUCCCAUGCUAAAAGUUCUCUCGACUUCGGAAAAGGAGAAGCUUUUCUUGGCACUGCAACCCGUAUCGUUCACGGACGGGGAGCUCGUGAUCAAGGAGGGCGACCACGGCACCGCAUUUUACAUCAUCAAGAGCGGAUCUGCUGUCGUUGUGAAUGUAAUUACGUAUAAGACUGAGAACGGAGACGUGACCCAAGAAAAGAGACAGAUAGCCACGUUAUCGACAGGGAACUUCUUCGGUGAGAUGUCUCUUCUACACGGUGAACCACGACAAGCUGACGUUAUCGCCAAUGGUCAUUUGGAAUGUCUGUCGCUUGAUCAAAGCAAGUUCGUUGAGCUUCUAGGUCCUAUCCAGGAGAUUUUGAAUCGCGAGGCUGAGGAACGUCGAAUAUCCCUGAAAAUGCAGGAACAAAAGCAGAUCAAACUGGACGAACUGGAAGUUCUACGAACUCUUGGAUCGGGUACAUUUGGUCGGGUCAAGCUGGUACGACACAAACCCACAGGCGCAUUAUACGCACUCAAAAUACUCAACAAAGCGUCCGUUGUGGCGUACAAACAACAGAGGAACGUGGUGAACGAGAAGUCGGUGAUGACACAAUGCAAUCACCCCUUUUUACUUAAGUUAUACACAACAUACAAGGACGAAGCUCGGCUUUAUCUACUGAUUGAGUUCGUGCAAGGUGGCGAGUUGUUUACGUACUUACACUCGACACCGUCGUCUCCUGGUCGAUUACCGAACGACCACGCGCGAUUCUACGCCAGUCACGUGCUUAUGGCUCUCGAGUAUCUUCACGAACGCUGCAUUGUCUAUCGCGACUUGAAGCCGGAAAACCUGCUGAUCGACCCCGUGGGAUACCUCAAAGUCGUGGACUUUGGCUUCGCCAAGGUCGUAGAUGACCGGACUUACACUUUAUGUGGUACAACCGAGUACCUCGCUCCUGAACUGGUGCUGGGUAAAGGUCACAACCGAGGAGUUGACUACUGGGCACUGGGAAUUCUCAUCUACGAGAUGAUUGUGGGCCACUCGCCGUUUGCAGGGUCCACACAGGUUGGCCAGAUGCAAAUUUGUCGAAAUAUCGUCAAGGAGAAAGUUGAUUUUCCCAGUUCGGUGAGUUCUUCUUGUCGCGAUAUCCUCUCGAAGCUGCUGGAGCGAGACCCCACCAAGCGACUUGGUAUGACGCACGGUGGGGCACGUGCCAUCCGUACUCACGCCUGGUUCGCAAAGGUGGACUGGGAUGCUAUGUUGCAGAAGAAAGUCAACGCUCCAUACAAACCCAAGCUUGCAGACGCUGAGGAUGACUCGAGAUUUGAGAAUGUGAAGGAUUCUGAUGAAGAAGCUCCGGUCUAUAGGUCAGAUGGUCACGAAUGGGACAAAGACUUUUAA